ACAGAAAAAAAAUCUACAGGAUUUAGAGUAAAGGAAUCUGGUAUUUUUGCUUAUCGUGAAGUUAUAUCGAGAUAUUGUCUUCAAGAAUUAAGAUCGGAUGCAAUUAUUUUCCAUUGAUACAGAUUUUGAGUACGUAAUAAAGAAACCGGAGCAGCAAAGAAUAUGUUUCGGUUCCGGACAAUCACGCGAUACCUCCAAGAAGGGAGCGAGCCCCUUUAUGAGAUAUUACAUUUUCGAGGAUAAUCCCGAUAUUGGACCUGGCUCCUACAAUGUCUUGAAAUCAUUUAAUGCCAUUAAAACUAAGCCAUGUUCUCAUAGCAUCAGCAAGAAGGGCUACAAUGGUCUUGCUCGAUUCGGCAAAUCUAUUACUCAUGUGGAAGAUUAUCCAGCACCAUCUGAUUACAAUGUUCGUUCCUUUCCUAAACAUGUCAAAUCACAGAGACAUCCAUUCGGAUCCACCAGUGAAAGAAAACUCUUCCAUGUCAAUAAAAAUCCAGGGCCUGGAAUGUACAUUAGCAAGGAGAUAAAAGGCAUUACAUUUCAACAUAGUUUUGGUGGUAGAGUUAAAAUGCAACUUGGUGUAGAUCUCAAAUGUUGCAGUCGCAACACGGAUACUUGCAAGAUAUGUGGUAAAAAGCCAAUAGGAGAUUAUUGGCACUUGAAUAACAAGAUCUUUUUGUGCAGAAUGUGUAUGGCACAAGAAUAUCAAAAACAAAUAAAAUUUAAGAAGAGGGAACUUGAAUUAUUUCAUAAAAUAAGAGACUGCUCGGGUAUUCACAUUCAUGAGGGCACUGAUGCAAAGAUAUGGUUGAUGCAUCCUACUGUAAUGAAACAAUGGACAAGAAGAGAAACAUAUCUCUCAGCUUAUUUAAAAGAUUAAAAAAAUGUGGAAUUAUAAUAGAUAUUUAAUUUCGAAUACAAUUCUUUGUCCUAUAUCAUAUGAUUGUACCAUUAUUAUUAUGUACUUCAAAUAUAAAGAAAGUUUCUUAUAUAGAUUGAAUUUAUUUCAUUAAUCAAUAUACAAUAUAUUUUCGCAUGUCUAAUUUUAGGCGCUAUAUACACACAAAGAUUAUAUAAAAAUAUGCGCAUAUAUAUAUGGUAAAUAUUUCAGAUAAUAGUUUAAAUAUUCUGAAUAGGAUAAUAUGAUGUCAAUAUUUACUUGAUAUAAUUUAUCAUUACGUAUACACAGUCAUCAGUCAAUAGGACAAGUUCUAAGUUAGUUUAUAUGAUACCUUCUUUGAAAAAAAAAAAAA